CGUCCGUUCAGAAAAGGAAACGUAAAGUGUAGCAAGUGCGAAUCAGAUACAGUAUUUCGAACGGACGCCAGGAAAAUAUGCCGCCGAAGUAUAAACCGGGUGGAAGGACCUUUCCUCUGAAAAAUAAACCGACCUCAUUACCGCCUCAAACGUUGAACAGCAUCCCGGGCGCCGAAUCUGCAUCGACACCUUCUACUUCCAAUAGCUUGGAUCGCGAAGCUGAAGAUAAAUUUGAGGUGGAACUAUGCUGGUGCAUUCAGCAGCUCCAGUCAGCUCUGGAUUCGGGGAAGCUGACCGAAAAACAGAUACUGGAUACCAGCAAGACGUUGAACGUGUUAAAGAGCAAUACAGCACCUUUGAUCAAAAAAAGACAAUUCAUGCGGACUACGUUCGGCGAUUAUAGAACUAAAAUGGCUAACGAACAGAAAAAACUUGGAAAAACUGCCACACAAGUUAAAUUUACACCCUCGCCCAACGAUAACAAGAAAUCGAUUUUUCUCAGAAAGGCCGCAGCCACGGAUGCUCAUCCGAAACCGUUAGAAACUGCGAACACUACCGGCUUCCGAAUAUUAUCAUCAGAUAAUUCAUUCAAAUUCAACUUCAGCAAUCCUCAAGUGUAAAUUUAUUACGAAACUGAAUUAGGUGUAAGCAUUUUCUCAACAUGUAUAAUAAACCGUAUUUAUAUUCUGUA